AUGUCUGGAAAGACCACCACCAAGCGCAUCCUCCGAGAGGCCGCCGAGUUAGCCAACUCACCAUCUCCCGACUACCACGCCGCUCCUCUUGAGUCCGACCUGUUCGAAUGGCAUUUCACGCUCCGAGGACCGCCCUCGCCUUCGCCGUUUGAAGGCGGGAUAUACCAUGGUCGAAUAGUGCUUCCGCCAGCAUACCCUUUGAAGCCACCUUCGUUCCGUUUCCUCACCCCUACAGGCAGGUUCGAGAGUAAUCGAGAGAUCUGCCUCAGCAUCUCGGGGCAUCAUGAGGAGACGUGGCAGCCUGCGUGGGGGAUCCGAACUGCUUUGGUUGCGAUCCGGUCGUUCAUGGACACGGAUGCAAAGGGCCAGCUAGGAGGUAUGGACGCAAGCGAGGAAGUGAGGAGGAAGUUGGCAGGACAGAGUCGGGGAUGGAAGUGUGGCGCAUGUGGGGGAAGGUCUAACGAGGAGAUCAUGAGAGAUUUGGAGGAGAGGGUCGAGAAGGAGGGUGCGGAGGCUGGGAAGAAGGAAGAGGAGGUGCCGGAAGGGUUGAGAUUGGCCUAUCGGGAGGAGCUGAAAGGAGAAGUUCAACCUCGAAAGGAGGGUGAGCAGUCGGUGGCGGCAGCAACGUCUGGUAAUGUCUCUAGUGCCGAUGCGACGACUUCUGCGGUGGCAGUACCGGCGGCUCAGCAACAACCAGCUCCGACAGCGACGGUGCUCCCAGCGCAACGACUUCAGCAACGCGCUCCUCCUGGACAUGAUGAGGGCGUUCCGCCGUGGAUUGACAAAGCGAUAUACGGCAUCAUCGGCGCAUUGCUCUAUUUGCUUUGGAAGAAGUUUGCGUGA